AUGUCCAACGAUUACCUUUCCCUCAUCGCCAACCUCAACUCAGAGUCGCCAGUCAUGUCCUCGCCAGAGGACUACUCGGCUGAGCUCUCACUCUGGACCAACCUUCAGUUCACCUACGACGCUCCUCCCGGUCUGGGUAUCUUUGAGCAGGACUCGGGCUUCGAUGCCCUCUCUGCCCUUAACACCCCCGCCCACCACGGUGUCACCACUGCCCAGCAGCAUCAGUCCGCCGUUCCCGCUGCUGCCCCAGCACCCGUGUCAGCUUCCAAGAUCACUGUGGGCCACAACCCCCAGUCUGCAUUGGAUCAGAAGCAUCUGAUGGAGUACCUCAACCUCCCCCAAGAAGACGCUCGCCCUCUCUCCCUCUUGGAGCGUACCCGUCAGCGUAACCCGGUCAAUGCGAACCAGCCCCAGAGCUCGCCCGAGCUCCAGGAGCAGGCCGCCGCCAUCAAUGCCUUCCACUCCUUGUUGGCAGCCUACUCAGCAUCGGCUCAGGUGCAACAGCAACAGCAGCUUCAGCAACCGCAACCUGUUCAGCAGCAGCAACAGCAGCGUCAGACCUCGUCUGGCCUGCCAUUGCUCCUGCCCAACAUUGCCCCUGCCACGGCGCCCACUACGCCCGCAGCUGCAAAGCUUUUGCGCCAGCCCUUGCCACAGUACAAGGCUGCCUCCUCGGCUAAGAAGGCAUUGAAGGCCAUCCAGACCCCGGCCGCUAUCGCUCCCGCAGGUCCUAUCGCCCCCAGGAGCCCCACGACCGUCAGUGCCAGCGCCAUCGCUGCCGCUGCCACCGCCGUCUCGGCCAAGGCCACACCUACUCGCUUGGCUAGCCCCAUCUCGGAGAGCAAGGAUGACGAUGAGACUGAGACCAAGCACGAGUUAUCUGCAGCUGAUUCCUUCUCGAAGGAUGAUCCCGAGUACCUUUCCAAGGUCGCUGCUGAGGAGGACAAGAGACGCCGGAAUACCGCUGCCUCUGCUCGCUUCCGCUACAAGAAAAAGCUGCGUGAGCAGGCCUUGGAGCAGACCGCCAAGGAGCAGACCCUCCGUGCCGAGACAUUGGAGGCCCGCGUCAAGGAGUUGGAGAUGGAGGUCAAGUGGUUGCGUGGCUUGAUUGUCGAGAAGGACUCCCACCUUCACGAGGUCACUGCCAGCAUGGAUGAGUCGUCCCAGCAAGGCUCCAACAAGCGUAUCAAACUCGAUGCUUAUUAA